AUGGACGCGGACCUCGCCGUCGAGCAUGUCUUUGGCAACUUCCACGACUACUAUGAAUUCAACCCCGAGGCAGAGCGGCUCCGGUUCCUCUCGCCGAGCGUCCGCGCUGGCCUUCGCAGCCUUCUGCGCGGGCGGCGCGCCUACUACCUCGACAUUGGCUGCAACGAAGGCAAGCUCACGCAGGCCGUGCACAAAGCGCUUGUGAGCGGCGCGCUGCCGGUUGCAACGACAACGACGACAACGUUCUCGGUCGACAGCAUUAGCGAGCUCAACGAAGCGAUCCAAAAGCAUCGAAUGGCCCCCCAGUACGUGACGAUCGAAGACGGCGGGUCGGGCCAUCGCAAGCACUUCGUCUUGCACGUCUUUAUCGCCAACGUCUUCUUUGGGGCCGGCGACGGCGUCUCGAAAAAGGUCGCCAAGGCCAAAGCCGCCGCCGAGGCGCUCGCGCGGCUGGCCGCGAUCGCAGCACCGUCCGACGCCGCGCCGACCAAUAUCGUGCCGGCCAUGGCCGAUGACCUUGCCAAGGUGCCUCUCGACUUGCGCACGCUUGGCAUUGACGUCGAUGCGGAGCUCAUCGGUCGUGCGAAUACGCUUGUGUCGCCGUCCGACCCCGCGCUGACGUUUCAAGUUGCCGACAUAAUGGAGGGCGGACGGCUCGCGGCGCUCUGCGACGCCUUCCUUUCCGAGACGCCCGACAAGUCGUUUGAUCUCAUCUCGUGCUUUAGCAUUACCAUGUGGAUCCACCUCAAUCAUGGCGACGCGGGCUUGCUCAACUUUCUCGACCUCGUCGCGGCUAAGACGACGCACCUCAUCCUCGAGCCGCAGCCGUACAAGUGCUACAAGACUGCGACGCGCCGGCUCCAGCGGCUCAAGCACACGAUUCCUGCGUCCUUCAAGGCGCUUCAGAUCACGCACAACGUCGUCGACGUCAUUGACGCGCACUUGAGCGACCUCUUCCCGUUCAAGACGCCGCUGGGCAAGACCAACUGGUCCCGCCCCGUGAUGCUCUACAGCAAAGUGCCACUGCCAGAGACGACCAGUGCCUAAUCUGUUAACGACAACGACAGUCGUGUCGAGAUAGUACAUCUCUGUCCGUCGGCUGUUCCGUUCCAUGUC